GGAAGAGGAGGAGGAGGAGAGCUUACAAGGAACAAGAAAGCGAGAAACGGAAGAUAAAGAAGGCUUCUAUGUACAGCACAAGCAAAGAAAAGAAAUACAGCUAUUAUAUUCCUUUAACCACCUGCAUGUGCACUGAUAGAAGGCUGUGCAAGCGGAAGAUUUAAAUGACAAGGUUGAAUGUGGCUGAAUUGUGUCUCUACCGUUGCAGCCCAUUCACAAACAGCGGACCGCUUCAAAUGCUUUAACAGGGAAGAAGAUGAGGAGAUUCUGAGUGACACUCAUCCUGCAUGGAAUUUUCAUCUUUUCCCCCGAUCUCAAACGAUUUCAGGAGACCAACCUUGGCUGUAGUCCGGUUCACCAGGCUGAGCUUGAAGAAGCUGAAUAAAGGCUGGGAGAUAUGCGAAGAAAAAGCAGACAAUCAAUCAGCGUGAGUGCAGUGUCUGUUUGCACCUGUCACUGAAAAGACAGCUCUGCCAGCACGGCUUUUGUCAUCCGCCUGCCUUCCUGGCGAAUGAGAGACGGAGGCCUCUCGGCCGAGGGGAAUGGAAUCCAGCCAUGCGACUCUGACUGGAGUUGUUGUUGUUUGCCUUGUGCUGUCAGUGGGCAGCCAGUGCCUGCAUUCUCCUGCUGCUGCUACUGACUGUUUCCAGAUUAUCUCAAGAGUGUAGGCUGAAAAUAUUUUCUGCUUGCUUCCGCCCUUCCACUUUUAGCCUCCCUUGGGCUGAAGCAAGUGAUUAACUACUUACUGGAUUACUUGAAUUAACCAACUAGGUAAAUGGAUGCACUGGGGGGAUAAACUUUUCUUGGUCGGUUUAAUGCAUUUCAUUGCGUCUUAGACUGAUUCUGCAUCUCUGGAAGACUGUGCUGACCUGAAUAUUUUUCUGUUUUCAUCCCCUGAGGUGCCAUUUUUAUCAUUAACUGUCCACCGUUUAUGCAGAGGCUGUAGUUUCCAUAGAAAUGAAGAUAUCUGGGAAUCUCUGGAGACUUGAGUGUGUCAGAGUGAGGAAAAGGAGAGGCACAGGAAAAUAACUUAGUUGUGAUUCCUUGAGCCUGGGGUGAAAAUAUGUUUUUAUGAUAGUGGAGGUCGCCUAUGCUGAAUGGAUGAAUGAAGAAAGAGUUUCAGGGAGACACAUAUUUCCCAGCCAUUCCACACUCCGAGGAAGUGAAGAUACCGAGAGAUACAGAGGCACUGUUCUGAAAGCUCUCCUUUCUUUGAACCGCCUGAAGCAAACAGUGAACGGGGAACAAGAAUGUGAGCCAUGUGCUGAAAUGCUCUCCUGCUGUCAAUUGACUUAUUCAGUGUCCUCAUGUUGAACUGUAUUCUUUAAAUUUUUCAGUUUUUGGAAUACCUGUUGAAAAUCUAUACUGUCAAAUAGAGGACAUUGAUGUUUUCAUGAGUGCCUGUCACUUUUAGGUGAGAAAAGUUGCGAACAAGACUGAAAAAUUGUUCAGUAGACAUUUGCUAAACUUAUAGGAUGAUCGCAUCUGUUUUUUGCUUUGGAUGAGCAUGACAUCAGCAAAGAGCGAAUUCCCAGCACUGAUACCCAAAGCCGGGUCUCUAACAGAUCAUUUGUGCCUCAUUGAAUUCUGAUGAAUAUUGGAUAGAAGACUUUAUCCUUGAUUAGGAAAGUAGGAAAACGUCACUAAAGUCUGGAUCAGAUACAAGACAAUAAAAUGGAUGACUCCAGUAUAUUAAGGAGGAGAGGCCUUCAGAAGGAGCUGAGUCUUCCCAGAAGAGGCAGUUUCUGUCGGAGCAGCAACAGAAAGAGUUUGAUAGUGACAUCCAGCACCUCUCCUACUCUGCCUCGCCCCCAUUCACCACUGCACGGACACCCAGGAAGCAGCCCAUUGGACAGCCCACGUAAUUUCUCUCCAAACACUGCAGGCCACUUCUCUUUUGUGCCCGCUCGCAGCCAUGGACACAGGGCUGACAGGACGGAUGGUCGUCGCUGGUCUCUCGCCUCUCUGCCAUCCUCUGGCUAUGGAACCAACACCCCAAGCUCAACAGUCUCGUCAUCAUGUUCAUCUCAGGAGAAGCUGCACCAGUUGCCCUUCCAGCCCACUGCAGAUGAGCUGCAUUUCCUCACCAAACACUUCAGCUCGGAGAGCAUCACGGAUGAGGAUGGGAGAAGAUCUCCAGCCAUGCGGCCACGCUCCCGCAGUCUCAGCCCUGGACGCUCACCCAUAUCAUUUGACCAUGAGAUCGUCAUGAUGAACCAUGUCUACAAGGAGCGUUUCCCUAAGGCUACUGCUCAGAUGGAGGAACGGCUGGCUGAUUUAAUAUCCUCCUCAGCUCCUGACAAAGUCAUGCCUUUAGCUGAUGGCGUCCUGAGCUUCAUCCACCACCAGGUCAUAGAAUUGUCUCGGGACUGCCUGGACAAAUCCCGUGAGGGUCUCAUCACCUCCCGCUACUUCUACGAACUACAGGAGAACUUUGAGAAGCUACACCAAGAUGCUCAUGAGCGUUCAGAAAGUGGGGAGGUGACAUUUGUCACCCAGCUGGUUAAAAAACUGAUGAUAAUCAUCGCCCGACCCGCUCGUCUGCUGGAGUGUUUGGAGUUUAAUCCAGAGGAGUUCUACCACCUGUUGGAGGCUGCUGAAGGUCAUGCUAAAGAAGGUCAGGGCAUCAAGUCUGACAUCCCUCGAUACAUUAUCAGUCAGCUGGGCCUCACCAGGGACCCCCUUGAGGAAAUGGCCCAGCUGAGCAGCUAUGACAGCGUUAACCCUGAAACGCCAGAGACAGAGGCAGAUUCCACAGAUAGUCGAGGAGCCACCGUACAACCACUCCAGCCUCAACCCAAAACUAAAACUCCACGUGAGGAAGACUUUGAGACCAUUAAACUCAUCAGUAAUGGAGUCUAUGGGGCUGUGUUUCUGGUGAGGCAUAAGGAGACCCGUCAGCGAUUUGCCAUGAAGAAGAUCAACAAGCAGAACCUGAUCCUGCGAAACCAGAUCCAACAGGCCUUUGUGGAAAGAGAUAUCCUGACAUUUGCAGAGAACCCUUUUGUUGUCAGUAUGUUCUGUUCUUUUGAGACAAGGAGACAUCUUUGCAUGGUUAUGGAGUAUGUGGAGGGUGGAGAUUGUGCCACUUUGUUGAAGCACAUUGGGGCUCUGCCUGUGGACAUGGUACGCAUGUACUUUGCUGAGACUGUUCUAGCACUGGAAUACCUUCACAAUUAUGGCAUUGUGCACAGAGACCUCAAACCUGACAAUCUGCUGAUUACAUCAAUGGGACACAUCAAACUGACAGACUUUGGCCUGUCCAAGAUUGGUUUAAUGAGCUUAACAACCAAUCUAUAUGAGGGCCACAUUGAAAAAGAUGCCCGUGAAUUUCUGGACAAACAGGUGUGUGGUACUCCUGAAUACAUAGCUCCUGAAGUCAUUCUGAGGCAGGGCUAUGGAAAGCCAGUGGACUGGUGGGCCAUGGGAGUUAUCUUGUAUGAGUUUCUCGUGGGAUGUGCUCCCUUCUUUGGGGAUACGCCUGAGGAGCUGUUUGGACAAGUCAUCAGUGAUGAGAUAAUCUGGCCAGAAGGUGAUGAAGCUUUGCCUCCAGAUGCUCAAGAUCUCAUCUCCAAACUACUGCGGCAAAACCCUCUGGAGCGUCUGGGAACAGGGAGUGCGUUUGAGGUGAAACAGCACCGUUUUUUUACUGAUCUGGACUGGAACAGUCUCCUGAGGCAGAAGGCAGAGUUCAUUCCUCAGCUGGAGUCGGAGGAUGACACUAGCUACUUUGACACACGCUCAGAUCGGUAUCAUCACGUGGACUCGGAGGAAGAGGAUGACACAAAUGAUGAUGACCAUCUGGAGAUCCGUCAGUUCUCCUCCUGUUCACCACGAUUCAGCAAGGUGUAUAGUAGUAUGGAGCGUCUUUCCUUGCAUGAGGAGAAGCGCACCCCUCCUCCCACUAAACGCAGUCUGAGUGAAGAGGGAGGAGAGCGUAUCAACAGUCUCAGUGGCCUAAAGUCUCGAGAUCGGAGCUGGCUGGUGGGCUCACCUGAGAUCCUAAGGAAGCGACUCUCUGUUUCUGAGUCAUCUCACACCGAGAGCGACUCCAGCCCGCCUCUGACCGUACGUCGCCGCUGCUGCUCGGCCAUCAUUGAAAUGCCUCGAUUCGCCAUUUCCAGCGAAGAGGAUGGCGGUGUGGGGGGCAGGAAGACCCAUGUGAGGGGACCUCGGGGGGAAGAUCUGCCUCAGGCCAUACCAGAGCUCCCUGUGGAGAGAGAGCUCAGACUGGAUGAAUCGCCAACCACACCAGGCUCCACUUCCAGACAGAUCAGCCGUUCCACACUCACACCUGGUGGUUCUGGUGAUGUGUUGGAUCGAGCUUCUCGCUACAGUGCUGAAGGAUCUGAAAACUCCACUCCUAAAGCCAUCAGUGAUUUAGCAGCUCGUAGAGCUCGCCACAGACUGCUGUCAGGAGAUAUGGAGAAACACACGUCACGCCCACUUAACAAAGUCAUCAAGUCCGCUUCAGCAACUACACUUUCACUCAUGAUCCCUGCUGAUCACCAUGGUGCCUCUCCUUUGGCCAGUCCGAUGUCCCCUCAUUCUCUCUCGUCCAACCCCUCAUCACGUGACUCCUCGCCUAGCCGAGACCUCUCCCCAGCCAUCUGCAGUGUCAAACCCGCCAUAGUCAUUCACCGAGCCGGCAAGAAAUAUGGUUUCACCCUGCGUGCCAUCAGGGUUUACAUGGGAGACACAGACAUUUAUACUGUGCACCACAUGGUCUGGCACGUGGAGGAUGGGGGACCUGCUCAUGAGGCUGGACUGAGAGAAGGAGAUCUCAUCACACAUGUUAAUGGAGAGCCUGUCCAUGGACUCGUGCACACAGACGUUGUAGAGCUCAUUCUCAAAAGUGGCAGUAAGGUGUCCAUUUCUGCUACGCCCUUUGAGAAUACAUCUAUUAAGGUUGGCCCUGCACGCAAAACCAGCUACAAGUCCAAAAUGGCCCGGCGCAACAAAAGAACCAAAACCAGAGAAGGACAAGAUAGUAAGAAGAGAAACUCCCUGUUUCGUAAGAUCACCAAGCAAGCGACCCUUCUCCACACCAGUCGUAGCCUGUCCUCUCUGAACCGCUCAGUCUCAUCAGGUGAAAGUGUCCCAGGGUCUCCCACGCACAUGUCCCCUCGUUCACCCACGCAGGGCUGUCGUUCCACUCCUGACUCUGCCCACUCAGUUGGUGGGAACUCAUCCCAAAGUAGCUCACCUAGCUCCAGUGUGCCAAACUCUCCUGCCAGUUCUGGACAGAUCAGACCCAGCUCUUUGCAUGGUCUGGCUCCCAAACUGCAGCGUCAGUACCGCUCCCCCCGCCGGAAGUCCGCAGGCAAUAUCCCCUUAUCCCCUUUGGCACGUACACCGUCGCCUACCCCUCAAAACACCUCCCCACCGCGUUCUCCUUCGCCCCUGCCAAGCCACGCGCUCAUCACCUCUUCAAUAGGCCAGUCUUUCCCUGUCAAACUCCACUCUUCACCUCCAUUAGUAAGACAGAUAUCCCGCCCAAAGAGUGCAGACCCUCCUCGCUCUCCUCUGCUCAAACGUGUCCAAUCAGCUGAGAAGCUUGCAGCCUCUCUUUCUUCUUCAUCCUCAUCUCCUUCUCCGUCUUCUACUGCUGAUAAAAAGCUACCAGUUGGUGCCAGCCGCAAACACAGUCUUGAUACCUCACAUUCAGAUUUUAAAAAAGAGAUGAUGCAGCGAGACCCCAGUCUACAGAGCCUGCAGGAGUCAGCCAGUGAGACUCUAAUGGGAGGAAGAAUGUCUCCUGCAGAAAAGGGCAGCCUGCAGCCUUCAGUUCGUAAACUGGGCAGGCAAGAAGGUCCUGAGUCUGGAACUGGAACUCUGGGACUUGUUCCUGGGAAGAGUAAACUGAAAGACAAGCUGUCUGCCAUUCGCCAGGAUCGAGCUGAGCGCCGCGAGUCUCUUCAAAAGCAGGAUGCCAUCCAUGAGGUGGACUCCUCAGAGGAUGAGACAGACGAAGGGUCGGAAGAUAGCCAAGAUGGAUGCAGGACAAGCUAUGUUCCUCCUAGCCAUGUCUUGAGGCCUACAACUGUAAUGGCCUCUCCCCAUACCAUCAGGAUGGGACCAGCAGCUCCACCGACACUGGGACUGACGCCCUCAAUGGUUGCACCCCCAGGCUUACCUCAGCCCAGCCGAGGACUGCAGAUACAAAGCCAAAGUACCACUCAAUCUCAGACACAAACUUCAACCUCACUGUCAAUGCAAGCUGCAGCCAAGCCCCCAGAACAGAUUCCUACAACCUCUAUUAUGGCCCAAGACUCCAGUUCAACACUAGCUGAAGAGUCAAAAAAGAAAGACUUAAAGGCACAGGACUCUCAAUCCAGUGUUAGGCCUUCUCCACCUCAACCCAGCCCUCUGUCCAGCACCUUUUCCACCCAUGGUAGCGCCUUUACCUCUGUCAGCAAAGACCCAUUCAUCAAACCCACCACACCUCCGUUGGAUCCCCGGAGGACCCCCAAAACUUCUGAGCCCAGGUCCAAAACCAGUGGUAAAAUGGAUCCUAGCACUGCUUCUGGAGUGACGAGGGAUAUCCCUGUUGCUACCACACCAACCGGAGGCAUCUCAAAGGAGAUGAAGGAGGCUGACAACCGCAGACAGGCUGCAGCUGCCUCUCCAUCCACUGCCUCUGGGAGCGGAAUGGACAAAGUUGUGUCUCAACUGGCCACAGUGGCUAAGAGUGUGCUUGGCCCAGUCAAACUCAACAUCCCAGGUACUAAAGAGGCCUCAGAGCGGACAAAGGACCAGCAUCCCCAGACAGAUGCCACCCACCUGAAAAUAAAAGAAUGUCGCCUGGAACGUCCUGAUUCUCCUGACUCUUUGAGUCCGUCUGCUGCUUCUGGCUCCCAGUCUCUACGGCUGACUGAAUCUCCCUCUAAACAAACGUCAUCCAAAUCUGAGCCAGCCUCAACUUCUCAGAGAUCUUUGGAGGUCCAAGGGACUUCCAAAAGGCCAACUGCUCCAAACUCCCAAGCCGGGGAAGAACAUCAGGAGAAACCAGGGACUCCGCGAAGUGGCACCACACCAAGGCCAAGGUCUGAAGCACAAUCUCAGGCCCAGGCAAAGUCUAGUUCCACUAUUUCAAGAGACAAAUCCAACAAGACAACGUAGCAGCCUUGCAGAAAGACUCAUUUUCUCCAGCUUUAAUUUAAAUUGCCUAUGACUGACAAAUACACACUGUAACACAAGGCAGUUGUCCUGUUUAAUGUCAGUGUUCAUAUGAAAAGAUUGUGGAAAGAUAAGACAGAGGAAGAGAUGGAGGUGUUAACAGAUGAGCCCAACAGCUUUAUUUCAAAAUGUUUUAUGCUCUGCCAUUCACUAAAUAAUUGAAGCUUUUGCUUCGAAUUGUUUUGCUUUUCUUGUUUCUCCUUUUAAAGUAUUUUUCUCAGCAGCUAGAAAACCUAGAAAAAUGCUUGGGUCUGUGCCCUGAGAGACAGAAACCGUGUCCACUUACAGUAUAUUACCUCUUCAUAUUAUCCUUAUAUUACUUUAAGAAUCUUCUCUUGUAGUAGGUAUAGUUGUGCCUUAAAGCAGCAUUUCACGUAUUUCUUUCUGCCUGUUCAUUUUUAGAGGAAGACAUAUCGCAGCAAUAAGAGUAGCGUAUCCUGAGCAAUUUUCACAAACACACAGUUUAUUUCAUCACACCUGUAGUAUAAAGAAUAAGUAAUAUAAAGAGAAACCAAACUGUGUUUUCCUUUUUUUCUCACUUGCACUUGUUUCAGCUUUUAAUUGUCGAACAGCUGUGUGAUGUAUGUCUAUGAAAAUUCAACUUGAGAUUUUCCCUUAGGCACAGCCGUCACUAAUGUAAUGUAUAUGGUAGCUGAAAUUUGGAUGUAUAAUGCAGAAGAAUGGUGGCCAAUAAUUGCAUGAAUUACAUCCAAUCAGAAUUAAAGAUGUUAUUAGAAAUUAUUUGGAAUUACUCUGUAUAAUAAAUCAUGUGAUCUUUGGCCAUCAUUCACAUCCCACUAAAGUUAUGUCAAGCUACAUAGCUUAGCUAAAAACAUUACUUGUAACUUGCACAUCAUUAUGUCUAGACCGUGUUUGGUUUUGUCUCUGUUCAAGCGGACCAUUUUAUUUCUUCUUUAGCUUGCCUGUUUUAUUUUCUCUUUCUCUUUUAAUAUCUGGACCAAUUAGCUGUUGUCUCUGUAUAUUUGUUUGCUUUUUUUUGUUUCGGCAGACUUGUAUCUGGAGUUUGUGUGUGUGCGCCUGUGUA